AUGGCUGAACCUGAUCCAAAUUCUAGUACAUCUCAGACUUUGAUAAGUAAAUUAGAUGUUGGAGAUCCGUUGUAUCUUCAUCCUAGUGACUCUAGUGCUUUGACUAUUGUUAGUGUUAAGUUGAAGGGUACCGAAAACUAUUCUGUCUGGUCUAGCUCUAUGAAAUUGGCUUUAGAAGCUAAGAAUAAGUUUGCUUUUAUUAAUGUGUUAACAUGGCUUUUGAAUUCUGUAUCUGAGGAACUAUUCUUGGGUCAAGUAUUUUCUACACAUGCUUCUGAGGUUUGGGAUGACUUAAAGGAAACCUAUGACAAGGUGGAUGGUUCUGUGGUUUAUGAUUUGUACAAAAAAAUAAACUGUAUUUCACAAAAUGGUUCAUCUGUGGCAAACUAUUAUAAUAGGCUGACCACUAUGUGGAAACAGUUUGAUGCAAUGCUUAAACUGUCCACUUGUUCUUGUAAAGCAGCUAAAGACUAUAAUGAUUUUUCAAUGUUAAUCAAAUUAAUGCAAUUUCUUAUGGGAUUAGAUGAUGUUUAUCAACCUGUAAAAACUAAUCCUUUAACCAGAGAAGUGUUUCCAUCUGUCAAGGUUGCCUUUGCUGUGGUUUCUAGGGAGGAAUCACAUAGACUAUCUAGUGGUGGGUCAAAAGGUUUUAGGAAAAGAUCUAACAAUAUACCUGGUAAAACUGCAUUAACUAAUAAGUCAAAUGCUACUGUUGGGUCUUCUGCUAGUGUGUCUACUUCUGGUUUACCUUUUACAUCUGAGCAGAUAGAAAAGUUGUUAAGUUUAGUUGGUGAAAAGUCUGGUGUGGAGUCAACAGAUGUAGGAGGUGAGUCCUGUAUUGUUAAUAAAUGUGUUAGUUGUUCUAGUUCUAUGUUUUUUGGAAGUGUUUUUAGUUGGAUUGUUGACUCUGGGGCAAGUCAACACAUGGUAAAUAGUGAUAAAGAUAUGUUUAACACUAUUGAUGUUUCUGAAUUUGAUCUUAAAGUUGGUCAUCCAAAUGGAACUAAUGUUAAAGUUUUGAAGAUUGGUAAUAUCAAGUUAAUUGAUAAUAUUGUUUUAAAAGAUGUGUUUUAUGUCCCAGGGUAUCAUGUCAAUCUGUUGUCUGUUCAUAGGUUAGCCAAAGAUAAUAAUAUUGAUGUUGUGUUUAAAGAGGACAGUUGUGUGUUACAGGAUUCCAAAUCAAGGAGAAUCCUGGUGACUGAUAGUCAAGAUAGUGGUCUGUAUUUUGUUCGCAAAAAUGGUAAUUCUGUGAAUGUUUGCUUUAAUAGUUUUGUUAAGUCAAGUUUGUGGCAUAGCAGAUUAGGUCAUCCAUCUGAUCAAGUGCUAGCUGUGUUAAAAGAGAGUUUUGAUGUUAAAAGUAUUGAACAUGGUCCUUGUGAUGUUUGUCAUAGGGCUAAACAAGUUAGGGUUCCUUUUCCUCUAAGUGAACAUAAAUCAAAGGCUAUAAGAGAGUUAAUUCAUCUUGAUUUAUGGGGUUCAUAUAAAAUAAAAAUAAAAACCAUUAGAAGUGAUAAUGGAACCGAGUUUGUGAAUAACCAAAUGGGACUGUUUUGUAAAAACAAAGUUCCUACUUUUCCCAAUGAUGAAGAGGGUACAACUGGUGCUCAAGAUCACUACAGUGAUGAUCAACAGCCAGUGUCACCCUCUACAUCUGCCACUGCCAAAAUGUUGAGAGUGAUCAACCUGAAAGUGGGCAUUGAACCUUAUUCAUAUAGUGAGGCUGUUAAAGACACUAGGUGGAUAGAAGCCAUGAAUAAUGAAAUGGAGGCUCUUCAUAGGAAUAAAACUUGGGAAAUUGUAGAUUUACCAAAAGGUAGGAAACCCAUAGGUUGUAAAUGGGUGUAUAAAAUAAAGUAUAAGGCAAAUGGUGAGAUUUAA